AUGGAGAGAAGAAAUAUUCCGUUGAACGAUCCGCAUCAUUCCACCGCCGAUCUACUCUCUUGGUCUGAGAUCCGUCAUCCCGACCACUCCUCUGCCGCUAAUCGCUCUAACCAGGCGUCUGAUGAUAUCAGCGAGGUCCUUGGUGGCUCUCAGAUCACCAACGAUGAAGCGGAAUCGCUUAAUAAGAAGAAGAACUGUUCUGGGCACAAGCUGAAAGAAAUGUGUGGCAGUGACUUAUUCUCAGAUAAUGGUAAAGAUGAACCAAUUCACAAGACAAUUAACCAUUACCAUCAAGAUCAGCAUAACCAGAUAUCUUUCAGCGGCGAAGAGAAUACGACUCCUAAGAAACCAACCACUUUAUCCGAGGCUGCAAAGCAGAAGGAGUUGAGCAGGACCGUACAGACCGAAGCAGAUUCAAAGAGCAAGAAGAAGCAGAUAUCGAACACCAAAACCAAAGCAAUCAGUGGUCAUGACAUCUUUGCAACUCCUCUUCCUCCUGAAAGCCAACCUCGCCGCUUCUUAUCUGCAACAAAACAAGAGGUUAAAGGAAAUAAGAACGUGGAGGAAUCUGCACCAAGGAACUUGCGUGCAUCUGUUAAAGCCUCUAAGGGGCAAAGCCGUAACAGACUGUUUAGUGAAGAACAUGUUGUGAAGUCGUCAAAGAAGAUACAUGACCCCAAGUUUCAACAACUCACAAGCAAUGGUAUCUUCAAAAGUGAUAAAAUCCCUCCUGGUUAUUCAGAGAAGAUGCACAGCUCAGCUAAAUUGCGUGAAAUGAGCGGACACAAUAUAUUCGCAGAUGGGAAAUCGGAAUAUCGAGAUUACUAUGGUGGCGCGAGAAGACCUCCCGGUGGUGAGAGCAGCAUUUCAUUGGUCUAA